GAACUUGUAACCGAGCCCCAGUGGGUAGGGAGUUCUACUUACCUCAUAAACCCGUGAUACGUGAAGCUGCACAAACAACGAAAAUCCGUGUAGUUUACGAUGCAUCCGCUCGAGCGACUCCAAGUGCUCCAUCCUUGAAUGAUUGCCUUUACCCAGGCCCGCCGUUACAGAAUAAGCUUUGGAGCGUAUUGGUUCAUCAUCGUUCAUUUCCAGUUGCACUUUGUGGCGAUAUAGAAAAGGCAUUCCUCCAGAUCCGAAUAAAAGAACAAGAAAGAGAUGCCUUACGGUUUCACUGGAAGAGUGACAGUCAACCUGAACCCUUGACAUAUAGAUUCACAAGAGUCGUCUUCGGCCUAACUUGCUCCCCAUUUCUGCUUGGGGGAGUGCUAGAGCAUCACCUAGAAACUUGGAAAACAAAGAUGCCAGAUAUCGUUGAGGAACUGAAGAAAUCUAUGUAUGUCGACGAUCUGCUUAGUGGGGGACAAACAGUAGACAAAGCCAAGGAAAGGAAAAGGAAAUCAAUCGAUGUAUUCAACGACGCCAAUUUCAAUUUACAUAAGUGGAACUCAAAUGCCCAUGAGCUUGAAGCAGAUGAAGAAGAAAAGGAUGAUGAAGAAGAAACUUUAGCAAAACAACAACUUGGAACUAAAUCUGGAGAAUCUAAAGUGCUGGGACUGUUAUGGAAAAAGAAAAGUGACGAGAUUUCCAUAGUGAUCCCAUCAGAGAAAUCGGCAAAAACGAAACGUGAAGUACUGAGUAGAUUGGCUCAGGUUUAUGACCCUUUGGGAAUUACAUCACCCUUAAUUCUAGAGGGAAAGAUAAUUUAUCGUGAUAUCUGUAAGGAGAAGCUCUUGUGGGAUGUACGGCUAAGCCAUUCUUUGAAGUAUCGAUGGGACUGCUGGGAGAGCAAUCUUCCGUGUGAAGUAAGUGUUCCGCGAUCAUUAGCUGGGUUCCGAGAACCAAUCAAGUCUUUAGAGCUGCACGCAUUCGGGGAUGCUAGCACACAAGGUGUAGGAGCUGCAGUGUACUCAGUUAUUCAUCAAGAAUCGGGAACUACUCAAAUUCUAGUUGCUGGUAAAAGUCGUCUGGCAAAAGAGGACCUAACUGUUCCACGGCUAGAACUUGUGUCAGCCCACAUGGCAGCGAACCUUCUUGUGAAUGUGCGAAACGCUUUGGAUCAUUUGUCACGGCCGCAAAGUUUUGCAUGGCUAGACAGCACUGUCGCCUUGCAUUGGAUACUUGGACGGGGCCAGUAUAAGCAGUUUGUCUCAAACCGUGUCCGUAAGAUACACCAACAUCCUGAAAUAAAAUGGCGAUAUGUACCCACAUCCGAAAAUCCUGCAGAUUUGGCCAGCAGGGGUGGGAAAUUAAAUCAGACGUGGCUCUACGGUCCAGAAUGGUUAUCUGAUAUGAGCAGAUGGCCAACUAAUAUAACCACAACUCCAACUACUGCAACAGAAGCAGAAGCGACAGUCUCCCAAAAAAAGUAUCGCAAUGACAACAAAACAGUACAGUGGUGAUGUUCUGGAACAGUUAUUAAGAAAAUGCUCACUUAAACGAGCUCUAAGAGUGUCGUCAUGGCUCUUCAGGUUCGUAAACAAUUGUACACAAGGGGAAAAGAGAACAGGACCAUUAUCCUUUACCGAGAUUGAAGAGGCUAAGAUGAAAUUUGUCAAACAAGCCCAAAAGCAAGGUCAAUUACAACCAAAGUACGAGCAACAAUGCAAAGAACUUAAUCUUACGCGCAAUACAGAAGGGAUUUUAGAAUGUCGUGGCCGAAUUGUGGGUCAGUAUCCUAUCUACCUUCCCACAGAUUCCUUGCUAGCUCAAAGAGUAGUGGAAAAGUUGCAUCGUGAAACGUUACAUGGAGGUGUUGGAUUGACAAUGGCUGCUGUAAGAGAGACGUAUUGGAUACCGAAGUUAAGAAGCCUUGUAAAGAAAGU